AUGCACCGGCCAGUCGCUCUCAGGCCAGAUUCAAGCCGCAAAGUUGUGAUAGACAACGUCAACAUCCUUGAAACUGGAAGGACAAUCAAAGGACUGGUUAAAAAAGGGCUUAUGUGCUCAGGGAGAGCAGAUCCUGCGACAUACACAGGUUCUGCUGAGCAUAUACGAUGUCAGAACUCAUGCUUUGGAGGCGCUGAUUUGUCCCUCGCUGAUCAGGAUUCUAUUUACAUUCAUCGGAUACAUCCCUCUCACAAGACCCUUUCUUGA